CUUCAAAUCCAAUGUAUGUAUAAAAGGACUUAUGAGCAAGCAGGGAUUGAUACACCGGGGAAUACUCCCGGUAGUACUAAGGAGCCUGCAAUCGGUUGGAUGACAGCAUUUCUAUUUGUGACCAGUUUUGUUGGACUUUUAGCUUUGGUUCCUAUUAGAAAGAUCAUGAUAAUAGACUACAAAUUAACUUAUCCAAGUGGAACUGCUACUGCGGUUCUUAUUAAUGGAUUCCAUACACCUAAAGGAGAUGUCAUGGCCAAGAAGCAGGUUCAUGGAUUCGUGAAAUUCUUCGCAUCGAGCUUUGUCUGGGCAUUCUUUCAGUGGUUCUUUACUGGUGGAGAUACUUGUGGAUUUGUUCAAUUUCCUACUUUUGGAUUGCAAGCAUGGAAAAACUCAUUUUACUUCGAUUUCAGUAUGACUUAUGUUGGAGCAGGAAUGAUCUGUUCUCAUCUUGUUAAUUUAUCAUUACUUCUUGGUGCUGUGGUUUCAUGGGGCAUCAUGUGGCCGUUAAUCAGAGGACUAAAAGGAGAAUGGUUCCCUGCAAAUAUAAAAGAAAGUAGCAUGAAGAGUCUCAAUGGUUAUAAGGUUUUCAUUUCCAUUGCCUUGAUUCUUGGUGAUGGGUUUUACAAUUUUGUCAAAGUUCUCUAUUUCACUGCCACAAAUAUCCACGCCAACAUGAAAAAGAAGAAUCUUAAUAAUACAUUUUCCGGUAACCAGAAACAGUUGCCUCUUGAUGAUCUAAGACGCAACGAAAUGUUUGCGAGAGAAAAUAUUCCAAUAUGGUUGGCAUGUACAGGGUACAUAUUUUUCUCCGUCAUCUCUAUUGUUGUAAUCCCGUUGAUGUUCCCUCAGGUGAAGUGGUAUUUUGUCCUGUUUGCAUAUAUUUUUGCGCCUUCUCUUGGCUUCUGCAAUGCUUACGGUGCUGGAUUAACCGAUAUGAACAUGGCUUAUAACUAUGGAAAAGUAGCUCUCUUUGUACUUGCAGCCUUGGCUGGAAAAAGUGACGGUGUAGUUGCUGGACUUGUAGGGUGUGGUUUGAUUAAAUCAAUUGUUUCGAUUUCAUCUGAUUUGAUGCACGAUUUGAUGCACGAUUUCAUCGGAUUCUUAGAUUCCCACCGAUGGAAGGUUGUUUCUGGUUCAGUGGCAGAGGUUGGGGAGGAUGGAGAAGGUGAGUUUGAGGCACUGAGAUUUAGUGUGGGAGUGAUGGAGGCAACAAAAGUUAUUGGUGUGGAAAUGGCAGAAGGUGACAAUGUUGUUUGUUUAGGUUGUGGAUUUGGUUCAGAUGGUGAAUGGAUUGGUUGUGGUGCGGGUGGUGGUGUUUGA